UGCGAGUGCGACGACCUGCCAACUGGUCGGCUGGCUCUCACGCCGACGACGCGAUUUGUUCGCCGCAGAGUCCGACGCGAGAUGAGCGACCUGACGUGUAUAGACCAUGAGCCUCACGGCGUUGGCGCGUUCUUCGUGGAGGCGUCGGGCCACGUCGGCUGCCGCUUCGUCGAGCCAGCGUUUCCAUGGUAUUGGGAAGACUAUUGUCAGUGGUUCGACACCGCGGCCAACUGCGACGCGUACAAGGCGAUAGGAUUCAUUGAUCGCGGCGUGUUCAGCCCGCCCUACGACUCGUUCCUUCUCAGUGUACAGAGGCAGUUGAUGCGACCGUCACCGUCGCCGACGACGCGGCCGCCGCCACGAACAACGACAAUGCCUCCAAUCCCGACUCCGGUCACACCAUCGCCGCCGUCCCCGCCAACCAACAGUCCGUCCAACUCGCCUUCACCACCAGUAACGUCUACACCCCCUCCGCCACCACUAACGUCGUCUCCAUCAUCGGACGUCCCCAAGACAACGACGCCAUCGACCGCCGAGCCCGCGUCCACGAUCCCAUCGUCGACCGCACCAAGCGACAACACUCCCGUGCCGACCGUGCCGUUCGUGACAGUCUUGGACCCGCCCAGCGCCAAAGCAUCGCACGAUUGGUCGUGCGUGAAUCAGUCGUCCGUUUUCGUCCCCGUUCGCAUUGACGCCUCUGGACGGCUCGAGUGCCUCACGUUCAACAACUCUUCCGACUGCCACUCGCUCCCGACCUCGAGUGCGUGUCUCGAAUGGAUGCAAUCGUACGUGUUGUGCGUCGACAUUCCGCCUGGCUGCACCAACGUCCGCGUCAAGUCCAUCAGCCGCCAAGGGCCUGGAGAGCCGACUCCAUCGCCGAUCAACUCGACCACCGUCAACGGCAAGGCUGCGGGGGCGCUGUCCCAGCCGACACCGUUGAACUCGAUCCUGCUCGGGCUGCUGUGUGCCGCCAUGGCGGUGGCCAGUGUCGUGGGCUACGUGUUGUGGCGCCGCCGACGCAGCGACCCGCGCGAGUCGACCGAUUCCGUCUUGAUGCUGACGGAUGCGCCUCUGUACGUAACGGAGAAGGGCCGCAUCCCCAUGCUGGGCUACCUCAACGAGAACAAAGUCAAGCUCGGGCCUCCGGCGCAGAGCCCGCUGCGGUCGACUGUGAGUACCCAGCAACGACUGACCAUCGGCAACCAGCUCAACAUGGGAGAAUUGACGUUGUGGCGCCUCGAUCACGAAAAACUGACCAAGGGCAGAACACUCUCGGUCGGCGCGACCGGCGUGGUCUCGAUGGGCAUGUACAACAGAAUCCCGGUCGCAAUCAAGCGGCUCCAUGCCGAUAAAUCCUUGGACGCUGACGUCGCCCAGGCCUUUAUCGACGAGAUCAAACUCAUGACCAAGCUGGACAGUCCAUUCGUCGUGUCCAUGAUUGGGUGCUGCUGGAUCUGCCCCAAGGACGUCGAGCUCGUGACCGAGUACAUGGAGCAUGGCGACCUGCGCAACUUUUUGAAAAACACGCCGCCAACCGUGUUCACGUGGGACCUGAAGCGCAGCUGCAUUCACAGCAUGGCACAGGGGCUGCUGUAUUUGCACUCGAUGGAGAUUAUCCAUCGCGACUUCAAGUCCCGCAACGUCCUGCUCGGGAAGAACCUUGUCGCGAAACUGACCGAUUUUGGCGUGAGCCGCAACCUGUCGAUUGAAACCAUGACCCAAGGCGUUGGCAGCUUUCGGUGGACCGCGCCAGAGAUCUUGCAAGGCAAGCGGUACACCGAGGCGGCCGACAUGUACUCGCUCGGGAUGGUCAUUUGGGAGCUCGACACGCACGAAGCGCCGUACGUUCUCCAGCAAGGCAGGGCCACCGACUGCAUCCUCUUGACGAAAAUCCGAACCCAUGCGAUCGCACCAGAGUUCACGGCCCAAUGCCCCGCCGACAUCCAAGCGCUUGUGCUGCAGUGUAUUCAGCCGAAUCCCACCGAUCGACCCACGGCCCUGGCACUGGCAACGUCGGUGUAGACGUGUGUCGAUAUGUAGUCGUAUUGAGUCAACGGAAAACAACUUGUGUCGAUC